AUGGCCAACGACCCGUCCGCAACACCGCGGACAUCUGAUGCGCAUGGACCCUCCUUGGCAGAUAUAAGAGCCGACAUCAGGGCCCUCACAGAAGUGAUGGUCACAAAAUCAGACCUCCAGGCGUUAUCUGCCAAUCUACAUGUGGCGAUUAGGUCAGAGGUGGCCACUCUACAGCGCGAUAUUGCAGCACAAGAUGGCCACAUACAAGCCCUAGAAGCCACGAAUCAAACUGUAAACAG